AUGACUACAACAACAACCACCACAUUUCACUCUAUAUUCAAAGCUCAAUACAUUAGACAAUCGAUAUUCAAUCAUAUCAGUGAUAUAUCAAAACAAUUGUAUACAGAUAGUCGUAGUAGUCGUAUCAGAGACGACUAUAGUAGACAACCUAUAGAACAACGAUCACUAAAAGGAAGAGAUAUCAUCAAGUUACCACUUCUGGGAAUGAUAUCAAUCUUUGCAAUGCCAUGGAACUAUAUUCGUCAUUAUCUACCAAUAGACUGCACUCAAAUAGUAGCCAAAAGAAGAAAAAGAGUCAUCACUCUUUACAGUCUACAUCCAAAUGCAACUUUGGAUACACUUGAACAUUUAUUGGAAUGGUCUCCUGAAAACUUUCUUGAUUCGAUAUACUUGGAGAAAUACUUUAAAGAUUUUAGUGAUAAAGAGAUAUUGGCAUUUAUAGUCAAGAAUUCUUAUCCUCUCAAAAGAAAGAACAAUAAGGACCGACGAUCCAGCAGCAGUGACCAAGAAAAGAAUGCAUUUUUAGCUUGGGCAAUGGGCAUAGCAUGCAACAAAGGUUAUCUCUCCUCAGUCAAGUUGAUUCAUCCUUUGAUCAAAGGUGGGCGAAUGACUUGCCCAGGUGGUUGGUCAAUUCAUGGGUACACACCAAUCGAAAUAGCUGCAAUGGCAGGAUUCAUUGACGUUGUAAAAACUGAAGGUUGUGAAACAAUUGCUAUGGAUUGGGCAGCUGAUCUUGGGCAUUUAGAGAUGGUUAAGUUCUUACAUGAACAUCGCACAGAAGGAUGCACCAAAAAUGCAAUGGAUAAUGCAUGUCGUCGUGGAUACUUUGAGACUGUAAAGUUCCUUCAUGAGCGUCGUACUGAGGGUGCAUCAAAGGAGGCUAUGGAUUGGGCAGCUGAAAAGGGCCACUUUGAAAUUGUAAAGUUCCUUCAUGAACAUCGUAGUGAAGGAUGCACAAACAAGGCUAUGGAUAAAGCAGCUGAAAAAGGCCACAUUGAAAUUGUAAAGUACCUUGAUGAGCAUCGUAGUGAAGGUGCAACAACUAAGGCUAUGGAUUUGGCAGCUGAAAAGGGCCACAUUGAAAUUAUAAAGUAUCUCCAUGAGCAUCGUAGUGAAGGUGCAACUACCGAUGCUAUGGUUUAUGCAUCUUCAAUUGAUAUUGUCAAGUUUCUUCAUUUCAACAGGACUGAAGGCGCAACAAGGGAUACAAUGAACAGAGCAGCUUCAUAUGGCCGCUUGGAUAUCGUAAAGUUCCUUCAAGAGCAUCGUAGUGAAGGUUGCUCACUAUCUAUUGUGGAUUAUCCUGUAAGGCGUGGAAACUUUGAAAUGGUAUCAUAUAUUUUCGACACUGUCAUGCCAACACACCCGUUUCCAAUCCGAAUAUCAACUUUGAGUGAUGCAUUGGAAGGAGGUAAAUUGGAUGUUUUCUAUUAUCUUUAUGACCGCUUCUCAGACAAGAGUGAUAUUUGGACACCGGAUAUUAUGGAUAAAGCAGCUGAAAAGGGCCACAUUGAAAUUGUAAAGCUACUUCAUGAGCAUCGUAGUGAAGGUGCAACAACCUAUGCUAUGGAUUUGGCAGCUAGAAAUGGUCACAUUGAAAUUGUAAAGUUCCUUCACGAACAUCGCAGUGAAGGUGCAACUACCAAUGCUAUGGAUUGGGCAGCUGAAAAGGGCCACUUUGAAGUGGUAAAGUAUCUUCAUGAACAUCGUAGUGAAGGUGCAACUACCAAUGCUAUGGAUAAAGCAGCUCGUGGGGGCCACAUUGAAAUUGUAAAAUUGGUUCUCUGGCAAUUCAAUGGAGAAGAGGGAGGAACAGGAUCAAUAGAAUCACUUGCUAAACUCAUCAAAGAUGUUAAAUACUCUAAAAAUCAACUGUACACUGAUAAUUUUGAAGCCAGACAUCUACUCAAGAUCCAUUUGAAACAACUUCUCUUGAAAGAUAAAGAUAAUCAACAUGUUGAUCCAUCACAAAAACUAACAACAAAAUAA